AUGUUAUUUCGCUCCACUUUCAGCAGAGUCGCAAGCCCGACAGCACGAAGCGAAGACAAGGUUUCCUCGGACCUCAUCGGCAUCCUUUCCGACGAGCUGCUUGGGAAAAUCUUCUCCCGCCUGGAUGACGUUUCCCUCGCCUGUGCCUCGCUCGUGUGCAGGCGGUGGUCUGACAUCCUCUCCAAGGAGGAGCGCGAGAGUGAAUGGCACAGGAACACCCAUGGCCGCUGGCCGCUGUUUCUCUCUUCGCCUCGGCCGAUGCCUUGUGGGGAAAUGGACGUGUGUCUGAGGCGGGACUUUCCUUGGAGGCGUGCCUACACCAGCCUGGUCCUCAGUGCUCCCUGCAUUUAUUGCCUGUACCAGAACGAGCUGAAGCAGUCUGGGGAUGAGACGAUCGCGUGGACCUCCGACGUUCCCGUGUACCGAGAAAUGCCUUUCUACCGACAACGCUUGUACAACGAAGGCAGGACGCUCUCCCAGGAUCCCCCCGAGGGAAUACGGGCGCAGGCGCUCGACUCUUCGCUUCAGCACUGGCAGGCGUCCAUCGCUGGUCCCCCUGGAAGUCCAUACGAGGGAGGCCGUUUCUACCUGUCCCUCUGGUUUCCCGCCGCUUACCCCUGCAAGCCGCCGCUGGUGAGGUUUCUCACCAAGGUCUUCCACCCGAACGUGAGUCGGCAUGGGGACAUCGGGAUCGACAUCCUCCAGCAGAAUUGGUCCAGUGCUUUGGAUCUCUCCAAAAUACUCGUCAGCAUUCAGAGCCUCUUCACCGAUCCGUAUUGCUACGUGAGUGCCUUUCGAGCAUAA